CCUUGGGUCCCGAGCAUCCAGAGCUGACUUCUGAAUCAAAGCCUUCCCUCUACUUCUUGGUCAUCCAGAGAAAUGUCGGUCACAUAUGACGAUGCCGUGGGAGUUGAAGUGUCCAGCGACAGCUUCUGGGAGGUGGGUAACUACAAGCGGACGGUGAAGCGCAUUGAAGACGGGCACCGCCUGUGCAGCGACCUCAUGAACUGCGUGCAUGAGCGGGCGCGCAUCGAGAAGUCUUACGCCCAGCAGCUGACCGAGUGGGCGCGGCGCUGGCGGCAACUGGUGGACAAGGGGCCGCAGUACGGGACCCUGGAGAAGGCCUGGAUGGCCUUCAUGUCUGAGGCCGAGCGGGUCAGUGACCUGCACCUGGAGGUGAAGGCCUCGCUGAUGAACGAGGACUUCGAGAAGAUCAAGAACUGGCAGAAGGAGGCGUUCCACAAACAGAUGAUGGGAGGCUUCAAGGAGACCAAGGAGGCCGAGGACAGCUUCCGGAAGGCGCAGAAGCCCUGGGCCAAGAAGCUGAAAGAGGUAGAGGCAGCAAAGAAGGCCUACCAUGCGGCCUGCAAGGAAGAGAAGCUGGCCAUCUCUCGAGAAAACAAUAGCAAAGCAGAUCCGUCCCUCAACCCUGAGCAGCUGAAGAAAUUGCAAGACAAAGUAGAGAAAUGCAAGCAAGAUGUGCUGAAGACCAAGGACAGGUACGAGAAGUCCCUGAAGGAGCUGGACCAGGUCACGCCACAAUACAUGGAAAACAUGGAGCAGGUGUUCGAGCAGUGCCAGCAGUUCGAGGAGAAGCGGCUACGCUUCUUCCGGGAAGUUCUGCUGGAGGUUCGGAAGCACCUAGACCUGUCCAAUGUGUCCAAUUACAAAGGCAUUUACCAAGACUUGGAGCAGAACAUCAAAGUGGCUGAUGCCGUGGAGGACCUGCGCUGGUUCAGAGCCAACCACGGCCCUGGCAUGUCUAUGAACUGGCCACAAUUUGAGGAGUGGUCUGCAGACCUGAACCGGACUCUGAGCCGCAGAGAGAAGAAGAAGGCCACGGAUGGCGUCACCCUGACAGGCAUCAGCCAGACGGGCGACCAGGCCGCACCGCACAAGUCCAGUAGUGACCUUAAUGCCCCGAACAACCCCACCCGGUCAGUGCUGUCCCUGCCCAGCUACAACCCCUUUGACGACGAGGACGACACGGGGAGCACCGUCAGUGAAAAGGAGGACACCAAGGCCAAAAACAUGAGCAGCUACGAGAAGACUUCGAGCUACCCAGCCGACUGGUCAGAUGACGAGCCUAGCAACCCCUUCUCCUCUGCCAAGGCCAACGGAGACUCAAACCCUUUUGAGGAGGACACCUCAGGGACAGAGGUGCGGGUCCGAGCCCUUUACGACUAUGAAGGGCAGGAGCAUGACGAGCUGAGCUUCAAGGCCGGGGAGGAGCUGACCAAGAUUGAAGAUGAGGACGAGCAGGGCUGGUGCAAAGGACGCUUGGACAACGGGCAGACCGGCCUGUACCCCGCCAACUACGUGGAGGCCAUCCAGUGACCGGCGGGGCCAGGGAAGGCGCCUUCCCCCGCAGAACACGGUUCCAGCCUCUCAGCUUCAUGGCGUCUCCGAGACAGACGAGCUGGGCUUCCCUGGGAGUGAGACAAGGCUCCCGCCUAGCCCCACACUGCGCGGCCUGGCACCUUCCUGAGGGCUCUCUGACCCUGGGCGCCCCCUCCCCGGCCUGUAGUGGGCUCAUACCCUGAUUCUCGCGCCACUGCUCCCUGUCUUGGCUAGGCCCAUCACCCGCAAGUGAAAUGAACAAAGAUGCCAUUCCUGAGCGAUCUGGAGGUUUUAAUUUAAAGGCUCUGUACAGUUGGGUUUUUU